GGAAUGUAGUAGCCGGUAAAAUAUCUGAGCGUGAACGUUCGUUCUCUCUCCCCAAGCUCAAGCGAUAGAGAAGAAGCAAACCUCUGUCGUCGCAUCCUGAUCAGUAAUAACAAUUCUUAUAACCCUAGUCCUCGUUCUGGUUUUUCUCUGAAGAUUUGUAGAUCUAAGAGAUCGGGUUAUUUCCCGAGAACAUGGUUUCCUCAACAGCCCUUCGUCAUGAACUCGACCCUAAUUUUUUCUGCAGAAAACGGCUGAAGGUUUCGGAUUUCGAAUACCAAGAUCAAGAUGCACAUAUAUGUCUAGGAAAUCAUGUUGAUACUGCCUCGUCCAUGCAGCAUGCUGCUGAAGGAUGCUCUUCUCAUGGGUGUGAGGACCCCAACCACGUUUCUUCAUCUUGCUGCAAUUUCGAUGAAAAAUGUACUUCAUGUUCUACAACGGAGAUGAGCUGCCAAUCUAAUGGCAAUGGUGGCGAGAUUCCGCAGUCAUGUAAUAGUGGGGGUACUUCAUACCUGGAGAAGAGUUACUCUGCGUAUGGUACACCUGCUUUUGUGAGUGGUUGGAUGUAUGUUAAUGAACAAGGGCAAAUGUGUGGUCCUUAUAUUAAGGAACAGUUAUAUGAGGGUUUAUCUACUGGUUUCUUGCCUGAUGAGCUUCAUGUGUAUCCUGUGGUAAAUGGGGCAUUGAUAAACUCUGUACCGUUGAAGUAUUUCAAGCAGUUUCCUGACCAUAUCGCCACUGGUUUUGCGUAUCUGAGCUUGGGCAUCCCAAGCACAACCACUCCAAUGAAUUGUAUUACCUCUGGCCCUACUGUUUAUUCGGAGUUGCAGUCAGUUUUCCAAUUACCUGCCAACAGCAGUUAUAACUCAAAUCAGUCAAAUCAGCUGACGUUAAACCUUGAUGCAGUUAAUUCUACAUAUCAGCUACCGUCAGGAGAUGAAUCUUGUUGGUUGUAUGCGGACGAUGAGGGGAGGAAACAUGGACCACAUUCUCUUUUAGAACUACAUUCUUGGCAUCGCUAUGGAUAUCUCCCAGACUCAUUAAUGAUUUAUCAUAUGGAAAAUAAGUUUAAACCCUUAAGGUUGCUAUCUAUUAUGAACACAUGGAAUACUGGUGGCUAUAAUAUUGGCUCCACAUCUGUUUCCGAAAGCAACGAGACUGGCUCUUUGCAAUGCUUCAUUUCUGAAAUUUCUGAAGGAGUAUCUUCCCAACUGCACUCAAGCAUUAUGAAAGCAGCUCGUAGAGUUGUGUUAGACGAAAUCAUCAGCAAUAUUAUUGGAGAGUUUGUUACUACAAGGAAAGCUGAAAGAAGACUGAAGCAUGAAUCAGUUAAUCAUGCUGCCCAAAGUUUCCCUUUGAAAAGCGCAACGUCUGAAAUUUCUGGGGAAAGGAAGGAUUGCGCUGCCUUUGCAUGUGACGCUGCGGUCUCCACUACUAUUGCUGACCAGACAUGUAUUAGUAAAAUUUCAGCACAACCUCUCGCAAAAACUAGAUCUGUUGGGAGCGUUGAAAAUUUUUGGGGUUCUUACGCUGUUGUUUGUGGAAUGCUCUUUGAUUAUUGCAUGGAAGUCAUGUGGAAUGCUGUGUUUUAUGAUACUGUAGCAGAACACUCCUCUGCCUGGAGAAAGAGAAAACUUUGGUCAGGCUAUCCGAAAUUUAAGAUACCUGGUGGUGAACUUGGGGAUUGUGGAGAGAAGUCCGAAAGACUACCUGAUGAAAAGUUGCUGCCCUGGAAAGAAUCUGCUUGUGAUGUUGAUUGCCCUCCUGGUUUUGAAGUGGUGGCAAUGGUUACAGAUGAUCAUGCCCAGUCAUCAUCUACCAUGUCCUCAUUGGCUCUUGUGGGGGGAAAUUCAUUGGCAGAGAAUAACCUGCUAUACACUGACCAUAUGAAUGCAAACAUGACAUCUGUUUUAGAAUGUGUAGAACGUGAGCUUCAUUUUUCUGCGAAGGAAUCUUUGGAGGAGUAUCUUGAAAGUCUUGUUGAGGAGGAAUUGAGGAAAUACUUCAACCCUGUUGAGAAUGACAAUCUGAAUGAGAAUGAUGUUGCUUCUCCUAUUCAGUGCCCUCGUCCAAGCGACUAUGAUUCUUCACACAUGGGUGAUGAACUAAGAACUAGUGCAAAUGAAACAUCUGGCAAUGAUCCAUCACAGGCAGCUAAACCCAUGAAUCAGUGUUUGUCUGAAAGUUGUAUGUCUAAUUUGUUGGCUAGUGUGUUUAAGGAUUUGUGCACGGACAUUGACAAUAUAGUUGAUUAUGAAGAAAUGAACGAGCCACCAACCCCCGGAUUUGAAGAUAAUCCAAAGAUUCCUGCUCCAUUGACUAUUCAUAAGUUUCGACCCUCAAGGUCAGAUGAGUUUACCCCUAUGAUUGGAGAUUAUGUUGCAAUGGCACUGUGCCGGCAGAAGUUGCAUGGUGACGUUCUUAGAGAAUGGAAAUCCUUGUUCCUUGAUGUUUGUCUUCAUCAGUUUAUUACAUCGUGGCGUGCUUCAAAGAAACCCUAUGAACCUGAUGCCAAUGAGGAAAGAGAAUUUAAUGCAAGUAAAGAACGUUCUGGAAAUCCUCCUACUUUAGUUGGCAAGCACAUUCAUGAAGCAGGUACUCUGAAUGUAUCCCAGGCGAUUGGUAACUAUACAUAUUACCGCAAGAAAAAGUUGUCGAAGAAAAAAUUGGGAUCUGCUUCUUUCUGUCUGACUCCAACUAAUAUUGGAACAAGUAAUCAAUCUGUGGAAAAGUCUAGGAAACAUGCUGCUGGUGAUGUAUCUAAGACUCUGGAAGUUCAAACUGCUGCCAUUAGUACUAAAAGACUGGUACCAAAUAAAAGACGGACGAAGUCAGUCCUUGUUAAUGGUAGUUUGCCCAGUGAUCGGUCAUCGACCAAGAAUGCAGGUAGCCAGAAAGAACUGAAGGUUGCUCAUACAAUUCAGAAUAACAAGGUCUCGAGAGAUGCUGCUGUUAAACCUAGCAGGGAUAGAGCUUCGUCCUUAUCUAAGAAUCAUAAUGAUAUUGAGAAGGUCGUUGAGAGCAACAUCCAUGAUGUUGCAAUUCGAAAAGAAUGUAAUGCAACUAAAGUGUUAAAUAUAAAAAGAAAGCAUAUAACAGACAAUGCGCCAUCGUCACGUCCAACUAAGGUUUCAAAAGUAGCUGAUGGUCCUUCCAAACAAGCAGCAUGUGGAAAGUUUGCUGUGAAAAAGACGAAGUCCGCUAAAUCAAGGGCACUAAAGACCUACCCUAGAUCUGAUGGUUGUGCUCGGUCAUCAAUCAAUGGCUGGGAAUGGCAUAGAUGGUCCCUGAGUGCAAGCCCUGCUGAAAGAGCUCGAGCGAGAGGUGUUCAGUUUAUUCAUUCCAAGUAUUUUGGUUCUGAGAUAAAUGCUUCUCAGUGGUCAAAUGUCAAGGGUCUUUCGGCAAGAACAAACAGGGUGAAGGUUCGCAAUCUUCUCGCUGCUGUGGAGGGUGCUGACCUUUUGAAAGCUACUCAAUUAAAGGCAAGGAAGAAGCGCCUACGUUUCCAACGGAGCAAUAUACAUGAUUGGGGUCUUGUUGCUCUAGAGCCAAUUGAGGCAGAUGACUUUGUCAUUGAAUAUGUUGGAGAGCUAAUUCGUCCCAGGAUAUCUGAUAUACGGGAACGCCAUUACGAGAAGAUGGGAAUUGGCAGCAGUUAUCUUUUUAGACUUGACGAUGGCUAUGUGGUCGAUGCUACAAAGCGUGGCGGAAUUGCUAGAUUUAUAAACCAUUCAUGUGAGCCUAACUGCUACACCAAGGUUAUAACUGUUGAAGGACAAAAAAAGAUCUUCAUUUAUGCAAAACGGCAUAUAGCUGCUGGUGAAGAAAUUACUUACAAUUACAAGUUUCCUUUGGAGGAGAAAAAGAUCCCCUGCCACUGCGGUUCUAGGAAGUGUCGUGGAUCAUUGAAUUAAGUUGUUUGAGUUGCCAAUCCUGGCCAUUUUCGAGUUUUGCUUCUCAUAUUGUUGAGUUGGCCAUGAUCUUGCCAUGGUUGGAUGAGCGAACGUGGAUUCAAUGGGCAUACAAUUUUGUCGCUUGGCACUCUUGGAGGUGUUUCAAUAUUAGCCUGUCGUUGGUAGUUUCAAAAUAACAAGAUGAUGAGUUGGAGCAGGGUCCUUUGGUAGGGUUUAUUAUCAGUUGUAUGUUUCCAAUCACCACGCUGUUUAACUGAAGGCUAAAAAGCUUAUAGGUGUCAACGAAAGCUGGAUAAUGCGAUUAUGGUGAUCACUAUGGUUUAGACUUCUGCCUACUUGCGAAGAUGAAUUACUGACCCAAUGUGCAUUCUUGUAGAUAUCUCUCUGUUGCAGAUGAGUUUCUUCCCUUAGAAACUGUAAAUCAGUCUUUUGUUUCUUUACCACAUGACAUUUUGGAAUAUGGAUUUUUUGUACAAACAUGCAUUAUUCUUUGUUUUCCAAUAUAAAGAAUAUAGAUUUAUGUGGCAAAUAUUGGAAAUGAUACCAACGUCUCUGUUGGUGAUUUUAUAGUUGUAAGAAUCUGUUCCCAGCAACUUAAAACCCUGUUUCAGAAUUUCUUCCUUGUGUUGUAUGAUGAAUAAGAAACCAAAAAAAGAAAAAUUUAAGUAAACUGGAAUUCGUUUCCUCUGUCCAAUAGCUAGUGUUAAGUACUGGAAUGGCUCUCAGGCGAGCCACCAAUUAUUUAAUUUAUCAGACGGCUUGCAUUUUGAGCAGCUAAUUGAUUGCUGGAAUUAGUCGUAAUCUGUAUGGAGGGCCCGAUUCAAGUCUAGCUUUUGUUGAGAUGAUUUCCUAUUAAUGCCCUUCAAUAAAUUCCCAUUUAUGAAGCAUGUUUAUAAGUGAAAAAUAAAAAAUGAAAACGAGAGAGACUCGUUGAACUUGUUGCUGCUAGUUUCAUGGGCUAUACUCGUACUAUAUAUGCCAGGUCAUUUUUGUUAUUUGAAAGAGUGGGUGGCUGAAUUCAAGUGGAAAUAUAUAGUUUUUUUUUUUUUUUUUUUUUAUAAGUGGAAAGAGAUAGUUUAGUUAUAUUUUGCAAAAAAACUCAAUAAUCUUUGAUUGUUGUUGACAAAAUCAUGUAACUCCGAAUCGCCAGUGGUGUUAAAGUGGUCAAUGGUCAUGCAACUCUAAACCCUUACUGGGGAUGUAGGGUUAGUCUAGAGAAGCUACUUGGGAAAAUAUAUUGUCGUGUGCUCUUUUUUCCAUGCCAAUUCUAUAGAUCCAUGCGAGUUCCCAGACUUGCCCUUUUUUUUUUUUGUCCUAGUUGGGUUCUCUUUUCAUUAAUUCUUAUGGUUGCAGGAGUAGAUCAACUAGGAACGCCACUUAGCUGCUGGUCGGAGGUCUAUUUAUGUCCUCUGGUAUGUUUCCUCCCCCACUUUAUCAUCACUCGUGCUAUAUAUAUUUCUUGCAACACCCAAUUUUCUUGAAUCGCAUAAACAGUGAAGGUGGGGUCCGUAAUGGGUAUUUCCCAACUGGGCAAUUGUCAAGCAAGAUACCACGUUGAAUGAGUUAAAACCAAGUGACGAUCAAAACAAAAAGAAUAAUACUACUAUGCCUCUUCAACUUGCCCCUCAUUUUGACCACUCAUGUAUUUAAUUUUUAAAUUUUUUUUCUUAAUGGUUAAGAAAACGACUAUUAAUGUAUUGUUAUUUUUUUAAAAAAUGUUUAAACAUGUUUAAAAAUGUUUGAAAUAAAAAGAAAAAAAGAAGAAAAAAAAGAAAAUUGCAAUUUGCACAAUGGGGUACACCAAGUGGGCAAAUUCAGGAGGCAUAGUAGCACUACUCAAGUCUCAAACAAAAAAGAUUGGCCAUUUUUGCAGAGACAUAGAAGGAUAUACAUUGAACAGUAUUUAUUAUGCCUUUGAAAUACUGGUCCGGCGUGGCUAUCUCAGACCAGCUCAUUUUCCAGUCUGAUUAACUGAAAAACAUGAUUUUUGUAAAAAGAUAAAAUAAAAAAGAACUAGCUUUGAAAUUGAAACUACAGCCCCCUUUGAUGUGAUCCAAAUUAUAAGUCAUGCUUGGGGGCACUGAUGAUUUUUUUAUGGGGACUUGGUGAAAAUCCCGAAUGUAUUUUCUAAUUUUUAAAUUGUUAGUCAUGCUUUUAAAUAUACAAAACAUAUUUGUAAUAUUUUCUAAUUUUUAUUAACAUACUAAUUAAGAUUCAAACUACACGGACGUUUACAAACAUUCCAAGACAUAGCUAUGUAAGUAGAUGAAAACAAAGUCGGAAAUGGUGUCAAAUUGGUUCGGUUCUUAUCUUUGGACCACUCUUUAAGGUUGUUUUUGGAACUAUCCUGUAAUUGGGCUGUUGUGAGUUGCCCACCACAACCAUUAGAAAACUAGGUGGCUGCAAUAAGGAGAUGCCCAUUUUAGAAGAUUGAAGGGAAGCAUUCGUUGAUGAGCUCUCAUCUUUGUUGGUGAAGCAUGAAGCUCGUGGACUGCAAUAAUAAUGCAUUUGGUGAUGGUGUGUAAGAUCCACGUGUGCCUGAGACGGCACGUGUGGUUCACGGGCCGGUUUGCAGGUCGAGGGUUGGUGGGAUAGGAGGAGCAUGACAGGAAGAAGCCAUCUAUCUAGGGGCUGACCGAGGGCUGUUGGACAAGAUAGCCCUCUCUUCAACAACAAAAGAAAAAACGAAGCUAUAUUUUUUUCCCGUUUCAAUUGGUUGGACUGGCUCCACAGCAUGCACAAGAUGGCUGUUUUAUGCCCUUUUUUCGGUUCUUAGUAUACUUCACACCUUGUCUUGCACCUUCCUUUACGUAUUACAUUAGGCGUGACUUUUCUCACAUUGACUGAGCUUAAAGGUGAGUUUGAGUCAAAAAGCAAAUAAUUCGACGAGCCCAAAAAAUACUUCCAUGUUUCGGCCUAUAAAUGAUUAGAUUUUUAGGCCACCAUUUCCACGUACAUAUGUUACUUUUUAACAGCAUGCUGCAUGUUGGUCGUGCUAAUUACUUCACUCGUAAUUGUCUCUGGCUAAGUUGAUUGGGUGAAAUGGCUACACUAUGCAGGUUUUUAAUCCUUGUACCGUUCAAUCCUUAAAUUCCUUUGUUCAAAGUGAGCAUAUAGAUGUGAUGUUCCUCAAUUUUUCUUUGGCUUAUUAUUAGUAACUCCGCCUGUGUUCUUUUCAACCUGUUGCAAUCACACAGCCGGUCCCAAGCCCGGAUAAAGGAGGAGGGUUGUGAAUUGUGAUAGGUGGCGAUCCAUGAGAAAAUUCUGUUCAAAGGAUCAACAAGGCUUUAGAGUUCCCGGUUAGAUAGAUACA